UUUCGUUGCGAAUGCAACCUUACAUCUUUUCUCUCCUCGGUAUUUCAGUUCAAGCAAAUGGCGUCGUACAGGUGGAGAUCGUUGCGUCAAAUUACACAAAUCAUGAAUGAAUUCUAAGAGUUGUGGCAUAUUUCUCAUGAAUUAAGAGUAUUGUUAGUUCCGUAUUCAGCAACAAGAAGCAUAUCACAAAAUGAACGAAGUAAGUGGAGGAAAACAAGAUAUACCUAAUACCUCAAGUUGGGAAACCUUGUCAGGGCAAUCGGUAUCUUCGUUGCCAACAAUGCAUCAUCAUCAAACACUACAGCAAGACCCAAAUCCGACAGUAGCACAAGUUAUAGUUCCUACACCUGUUAAGCUUCAACCACCUAUGCUAACGCCGACACCACAAACAAUGAGCACGAUCACUACAAUGAGCACUGUAGCUGAUCACUGCCCACAACUUGGUCAUAUGCAACAACCACCUCUGAUAACUCAGAAUGCACCGCCGGGAGGCUUUCCAGAGCUUGAAUUAUCACCAGAACUUCAACAGCAAGGUUGGAAGAAAUUUUGGAGUAAAAGAGAAAAUCGACCAUACUUUUGGAAUAAGUUGACCGGAGAAUCUUUGUGGGUGGUACCUUCUUUAAAACCUCAGUUUGAUCCAAUCACGGACCCGCUUGGUAUUUGUGGUGUACCACCUGUACCAGGAAACGGAGCCAUUCCAGCUGGUACUCCAGGUGGAACAUUAAAACGCAGAGCGUCAGAAGACGGAGCAGUUCCGCCGGUAAAGAAAUUUGUACUGGCGGGUCCGUGGGAUUUAGAGAUACCUACGAAUAUUAUAAUAUACGAGAGGGCGCCAUCGAAUUUGCCGCAUGUCCAUCCCGAGGCGGAAGCAUUACGAUGCGCUUUGUUGGCGAAAUUACGGCAAUGUUACCAGGAAUUGUGUCAUACGCGCGAAUCUAUAGACGCACCGAAGGAUUCCUUCAACAGGUGGCUGAUGGAACGAAAGGUGAUCGAUUGCGGUUCGGAUCCGCUACUACCGAGUCAAUGCUUCCCUGAAAUCUCGAUGUCCAUGUAUCGCGAGAUCAUGAACGAUAUUCCCAUCAAAUUGGUGAGGCCCAAGUUCACAGGCGACGCGAGAAAACAGUUGUCACGCUACGCCGAAGCCGCGAAAAAGAUGAUCGAGUCAAGAGCAGCAUCAUCCGAGAGCCGGAAGGUAGUCAAGUGGAACGCCGAAGACACUUUUCAAUGGUUGAGACGAACGGUCGGUGCGACGUUUGACGAUUUUCAAGACAGGCUCGCCCAUCUCAAACGACAAUGUCAGCCGCAUCUCACGGAAACCGUUAAAGCCAGCGUUGAGGGUAUAUGUCUAAAGAUUUAUCAUCUUUCUACGGAAUACGCGAAGAAAGUGAAAGAUAAGAACAACCAGAUCCUCAAGGAUAAUGGUCUAGGAGACGUCAUACCGUUAGGUGGACCAGCCAGCACACAGAGAAAAGUUUGGUGUUAUCCAGUACAGUUCUCCCUUCCUACACCAAGACUUCCGCAAGCAGAUUACCUACCUGAACGUGAGCAAACAAUGCUGCGCUUUCACGGUGAUACUAUGUGUAUAAACAACAUACACCUCACCAAGCUGGAACAUUUGUAUAGGUACAACUGUUUCGACGACAAAAAGUUCGAAAUGUUUUUGCCACGCGUGUGGUGCAUGCUAAAACGUUAUCAAACGUAUCUAGGAAUCAAUGAGGGCCAAGCCACUCAGAUGGCCCUCCCCGUCACUGUCCUCGAAUGUCUUCAAAGAUCGUUUGGCGUAACGUUCGAGUGUUUCGCUUCGCCUUUAAACUGUUAUUUCCGCCAGUACUGCUCGGCGUUCGCUGAUACGGACUCGUAUUUCGGGUCGAGGGGGCCGUUUUUGGAUUUUAGGCCGGUCAGCGGGUCGUUUCAAGCGAAUCCACCGUAUUGCGAAGAACUCAUGGAAGCUAUGGUCAAUCACUUCGAACGUCUCUUAGCCGAUUCGGCUGAACCUUUGUCGUUCGUGGUUUUCUUACCGGAGUGGCGGGAUCCGGCACCCAACGCGCUUAUCAAACUCGAGGGGAGUCACUUCAAACGCAAGCAAGUAGUGGUGCCCGCAAUGGAGCACGAAUACAGACACGGAUUUCAGCAUAUUCUUCCAAAAGGAGAAGUCAACAUCAGAGCAGCGCACGGCACGCUAGUUGUAUGGUUGCAAAACCCAGCUGGCGCUGCACGAUGGGGACCUACAGAGGAGCGAGUUGAGGCCUUACUGGAAGCGUGGCGACCCGGUCGGGAACGAGAGCGAGACAGACAGGAGCUCCUUUCUCCGUCGAGGCAAACGCAUCAGCUGAUACCAUCAACGCCAGUGCCUGUACCGACGACGCCGACCACGCCAACAAUUGUGCCACCAGUGCAAACAUUACCCACUCAUCCCAUAUAAUUGUUGAGUGAUCUUCGAGAAGAGGAGAAACACGUAUAAAUAGUCUCACAAAUAAAUUCAAAAAAUCAAGAAAAAGAGGUACGAAAUUUAUACCUUGUAAAAUAACAAACAUUCUCAUGGAGGAGAGAUUCGUUUUAUACUUUAUUAGUGACUAUGACAUUGAGAUAAAGUGUAAAAGUAGAAGAGACAUUAGAUGGUCAUGUAUGGAGAAAUUGCACAAUUGAAACACAUAGGAACACGUAUGAAUAUUACUUGCCAGCAACAGUUUUAUGCUGAUGACAAGAUCCAUUGUGAUGUCCUUUAUGUUUUUCAAACGAUCUCGUAGAAAUCGUUUUUAUUGAUAAUCGAUGCUUGAUCAUUCGGCCUCCUCGUUCUAUAUUGAAACGGAAUCAGAUUCCGUUGUCUACGUUAACAAAUAGCGAAAUUACUAUAGGAAAUACAUUGAAAAAUAUGCAUCUAAUUACAUCUUCUAUAUAUAAAAAGAGUUUAGUUAUUAACACAAACACGAGCACACGUUGCAGAAAGUCUAAAUUUGUCAGUUUAGACAGUUAAUUGUUGUCAGAAACUGCGUUAGACUUUGUGACACAUGAUGCUGUGAACAUUAAAUAUACUUGCUAUGCAAGAUAAAAUUGGCACUAUUACAAAUGUCAAAAGAAAUUUAAUCUAUACAAAUAACAAAUGUACAAGCGUAUGUGUAUGUGUGUAUGUGUGCAGGUAUGGCAGUAGGCAUAUGCAUUGCCUAGAAAUCUGUUCGUUUGUUGUUGAGAGGAAAACUUUUAUCGGAAAAUUUUGGAAUAACAUCAUUGCAUUUUUAACCAUGACAAUCUUUUUUUUUUUUAAUAUAGAAGACUACGUGAAGGAAGGAAGGAGAAAGAGGUAGCUGUGCAUUUUAUUUUAAAUAAUUUUAUCGGUGCAAUAUAUCAAUCUUAUAUCGAUCUGUAUCUGAGAUCUAUAAUAUACAGGUCAAAUUUCCCCAAGAAAAAUACAUGUUUUUAUCGUUUAAUGAAUAUACUUAUCAUGUAUGAAGAAAAUAUUCUUUAUACGCAAUUAUGUUUAUAUAUUAUUUUAUUCUGAUAAAUAGACAUUGAAUUUAUUCGAUAAUAUGUUUGAUAUAAUCUUUUAUACAGAUUUUUCAGAUAGACUUUACGAAGUUCUCGAUAUACAAAUAAUUGAAAUGGAACAAUUGGAUGGCCAUUAAAGGAAUACAUUAUAAAUUUUCACAAUCUUUUUCACAUCAAGCAUAUCUAUAUUGAACAUAGCGUAUAUUGGAAGAAUAGAUAGAUCACAUAGAAACGAAUAGGUAUGAAAUAACAAAAUUACGCGCACAUUCAUAAGUAAUAUAUCGGAGAUCACAUAUACGUGUACGUUACUGAAUUGAUUUUAUUAAAAAAUAUUCGUGGUCCCCGCACAGUCUUUUACAUAAACGAUUUGAGUCGACAUGGUGACCACUUCUCAUAAAAGAAAAGAAACGAUAUUUACAUCUCUUAUAAAUUUUGUAUAUUUUUAUUAAGAAAGUACAUGUGUGCUUAGAUGCGCGCAGAUGUACGCUAAAGAGAAGUAGAAUGUGUGUACAUACACAUGUGCAUAUAGGCGCACACAUGCCCAUGCGCGUGCGUGUGUAUAGCCAUCUUUAGAGCAUACGUAUAUUUAUAUAUAUAGUAUAUAUAAUAUACAUAUAUAUAUAUGCUUACGCAAUUGAUAGUAAGUAAGACAAUACGUAACAUGUAAGUUAAGUUUUGUGAGAUAUUAUAUUGUUUUACAGACAGCAAAAAUGAUUUAAGUAUCCGUGAUUAGGUUGUAUUACAGCUUAAUAGUAAACAAAUUUUCUUGUAAAUCUUUAUAUUCAGUAAAUAGUAUAUGUUCCACCGGGAAAAUUACAUUUUUCUAUGUUUAAUCAUUCUAUUAGAUUAAAAGUCAAUCUUAUCACAGCUUUUUGUUAUAAAUAUAAUUAUACUUAUUUUAGGACAUGAGAUGAAUAUUGCUUUUCGCCACGCUUUCUAUUUUGCGCGACGAACACUUGCGAUUUUCUUCUUUUUCGGCCGUAAUUAUUUUCUCUAAUUGUCUCAUUAAUUUUACUUGAGUCUGCUAUAAUUCAAGACGGCAUCUAACAUAGUGCUUACUGUACAAACGUAAUCUUAGAAUGCGACACGGCAAAAUGUUAUAUCUUCUAAGAGGAAAUUUAAAUAAAGUUAACGUGAAGAAUUUAUAAAAAUUUAGAGAUUAAGAAUUCAGUACGGAUGUUGUGAAAGUGGAUACCAUUAUACAGAAAAACAAAAUUUGUAAUUUGCAGCAAUUAUCAAUGAUUUAUUGUAUAUUGCUUUGUGUUCAUAGGGAAAUUACAUUUUCGGUGUUACAGGAUGAUUCAAGAACCGAGGUGAUGUUUUUUAGUAAUACGUGAGCUUCGUCAUUUCUACACAUUAAAGUGUACAUAGACAGGUCCUGCGCAUCUAUGACAAAAUUUUCCAAUACAUUUUUUAAUGCCCGCAAGUCAAACAGACAAUGAUUACGUCCAAGAAGAUACUUAUUGAAGCUUAUAACUUGACUUUUUUUGACCAUAGCAUGUAGACGAUUCUUAGCAAUAAACAUUAUAAAUUCGA